GCUUUUACUCCCAGAAGCGGGACGGGGGGGGGAGGGAGAUCUUAUUCCUCCCCCACACCACACCCCCUCUCUCCGGUCUUGCUUUUUAUUCCUCUUGGUUUCGCGGAGGAAAAAAAGGGAAUAUAUAUUUAUAUCUAUCAAUAGGUCGCUGUGUUACCUUGACCUCUCGGAUAUUAGCGGCCUCUUUUUAAGAAGGUGAGGGGGAAACAUCACCUUAAAGACAAUCGCGGAGAAAACGGCUGCUUCUCCCCCACCCACCCCAAACACACACUUCAAACCCCCCCCCUUCCUUUUUCCUUCCCGAUCGUGCCGCAGCAUCUUCCAAGCUGGAACAGUAUGGAGCUAGAGAAUAUUGUGGCCAACACGGUCUUGCUCAAAGCCAGAGAAGGAGGCGGAGGGAAGCGGAAAGGAAGGAGUAAGAAAUGGAGAGAGAUCCUCCGGUUCCCGCACAUCAGCCAGUGCGAUGACCUCCGGAAAGGCUUGGAACGGGACUACAGCAGUUUGUGCAACAAGCAGCCCAUCGGUUGCCUGCUUUUCCGCCAGUUCUGCGAGACCCGUGAGGAUCUCCUGCGGUGCAUCCACUUCCUGGACGCUGUGGCAGAGUAUGAGCUUUCCCCAGACGAAAAGCGGAAGGAAAUGGGAGACGAGAUUAUCCGCCAGUUCUUCAACAGUGAGGCCCUGGGCUAUAUGGCAGAGGUCGGCCAGCCACUUAUGAGCCAGUGCGCAGAGAACCUGAAGGGGAGCCCUUGCAAAGACCUCUUCAGCAAUUGCAUGCAGCAGCUGCACGAAUACCUGAGUGGAGCCCCUUUCACGAACUACCAGGACAGCAUGUAUUUUGACAGAUUCCUCCAGUGGAAAUACCUGGAGAGACAAUCGGUCACCAAAGACACCUUCAGGCAAUACCGGAUCCUUGGCAAGGGAGGCUUCGGAGAGGUUUGCGCAUGCCAGGUGCGAGCGACAGGGAAGAUGUACGCCUGCAAGAAGCUGGAGAAGAAGCGCAUCAAGAAGCGGAAAGGGGAGGCCAUGGCUUUGAAUGAGAAGCAGAUCCUGGAGAAGGUCAACAGCCGGUUUGUGGUGAGCUUGGCCUACGCCUACGAGACCAAGGAUGCCCUCUGCCUGGUCCUCACCAUCAUGAACGGAGGCGACUUGAAGUUCCACAUCUACAACAUGGGCAACCCUGGCUUUGACAACGAACGGGUCACCUUCUAUGCCGCCGAGAUUUGCUGCGGGCUGGAACACCUGCAUCGGGAGGGCAUCGUGUACAGAGACUUGAAGCCGGAGAACAUUCUUCUGGAUGACGAUGGUCACAUCCGGCUCUCCGAUCUGGGGUUGGCCAUUAAGAUCGCAGAAGGCGACACCAUCCGGGGCCGGGUAGGAACUGUUGGCUACAUGGCGCCCGAGGUGAUCAACAACGAACGCUACUCCUUCAGCCCUGACUGGUGGGGGCUGGGCUGCCUCAUCUAUGAGAUGAUCGAGGGCCAGUCGCCGUUCCGCGCCCGCAAGGAACGGGUGAAGCGGGAGGAAGUGGAGAAGCGUGUGCAGGAGGAACAGGAGCAGUACUCGGACAAGUUCUCUGAAGACGCCAAGGCCAUCUGCCAGGUGCUCCUGACCAAGGACCCCAAGCAGCGGCUGGGAGGCAAGGGAGACGGGGCCGUCCAGGUGAAACUUCAUCCGUUCUUCAAGACCAUCAACUUCAAGCGUCUGGAAGCUGGGAUCAUGAAGCCCUCGUUCGUGCCAGACCCCCGGGCUGUGUACUGCAAAGACGUGUUAGACAUUGAACAAUUCUCCACUGUGAAGGGUGUCAACUUGGACCAAACCGACAAUGACUUCUAUGCCAAAUUUGCCACAGGCUGCGUCUCCAUCCCCUGGCAGAACGAGAUGAUUGAGACCGAGUGCUUUAAAGAUCUCAACGUCUUUGGACCAAACGGCACCCGAUCCCCGGAUCUGGACUGGAAGCAGCUCCCCGACCCACCCAAGCGCAGCCUCCUGCAGCGGCUCUUCCGACGGAACCCAAGUGACUUCACCAUCAGCGCCAACGCACACUCCAACCUGCCCGCGGCUCCCUCGCCGGCUCGGCCCACGGCACAGGCUCCCUCCUGACCCCCGGCCCGGAGGCCCCCAGGACCCGCCACUCAACCUUUGCCUUCUCAGGGUUGCCUUAGGCACGGCGCUGACAUUGGGACGGCACGGCCUUGCCCUGGGCUCUGUCGCCGGCUAGGAGCCCGGAGGACGCGGCCGACAGGACUUCAGGACGGGUAGGGCAGGGCUGCCGGCUAGGAGCCCUUGGCCGCCUGCUGGGGCUGACGUGGAUCGUGGCUGUCUUCGGGACUCCCGUUGGACUCGGUCACCCAGAGCCUGGACUGUUGCUCUUCAGCCAGGAUCUUCUUUCUCUUUGGUCCGCGCUCGGAUCUCACGGUGAACCUCCGCGGCUCUCGCCUGCUCUCCCGACCCGCCAUUGCUCUCCGUCCAAACAGCAACGCCACCCCGGCCCUGACUUUCACGUCACAUUGGCUGGGGAGUGGGACUGACUGGGGAGGUUUUUCUUCUGUUCUGUGGAGAUGGCUUGAAGGCGGCAGCUGGAUCUCCCAAAAUGGGGGUGGGGCAGGAGAGAGACGAAGUUGUGGGAGACCGGCGGGGCAGAGGGGGCAGACUUCCUGCUGUUGCAGCGCUCUUUGUGCAGCUUGAGGCUAGGAAGUCUGACGCACACACAUAAGUGUGUGUGUGUGUGUGUGUGUGUCUGGUGUGUGUGCGUGCGUGCCUGUGUGUAUUAAACUAUUAGCCCGUUUGGGUUCAUCCAGGGUUUGGGGGAAUUCUUCUACUACCACCAUCCCAAAGAGCUGCAAAACCUCAGGCCCAUGGUUCCAAAUCCCAACGCACCCAUUUGGAACUCUGGGGUGGGGCUUGUCUCCAGAGGGCCCCGCCCCCUUUCUCUUGGCCCUGCCCCCUUUCUCCUGACCACAGAUCGUUGGAGAGUUUCUCCACUCUAGAAGGUUGAAACGCCUCUCCUAAUGUUGAGUUAUUGGCAGGACGCGUGCUAAGCUAAAAUAGGCCGGCGGUUUUGGCUGCACCCCUUUUCCCUCUGGCUCCGCCCACUGCUGCGACGAGGCUCCCGAGAGCUUCUCAGAAAUGGAUUUUGGCCCAUGAGCUGAAAGAGGUUCCCCACCCCUAAUAACUAUAGUCUGGGGCCCUUUGUAGGAGGAAAGAAGGGUCCAGGAGCAGGGAGGAGCAAGAGGUCUGAACAGCAGUCGGGCAUCCCCCGGCUUCCCUUUAGAGCAGGCUUCCACAAUCUGGUGCCCUGCAGUUCCCAGCAUUCCUGUCCAUCGGCCACGCUGGCUGGGCUUGAUGGGAGUUGAAGUCCAAAACGUCUGACGGUCACCAGGUUGGGGAAGGCUGAUUUAGGGAUUCUAGUAGGAGUAUUGAGUGUACUGGAUCAGCAUGGGAAAGGGUGGAAGGAGUACAGUGCUGAGAGUAGGGAUACUCAAGGAUUUCAUUCGGUCCAUGAACCAACUUGAUUUGCGCCUCCUGAGCAAACGUGUGGAUCAGGACCCGAUUUUCCUUCUGAUUCCAGUUUUGAAGUUUUGUGAUUUUUGGCUUUCCAAAGUGCCAAAAUGCAUCUUUUACUAUGAAAUUCAUAUGAAAAUACAUACUUAAAAAUGACACCUAGAAAAAUGAGUGUUUUACCACCAAAUGCGGAUUUUCUGUGCGGAUUUUUUUAAAAACAACAACAACAACAACCCCAAAUCCACAGACAGAUGCAG